UCAUGCUCCCUAACCUUUCAGUAACUACUUCACCAUAGUACAGGUUUUCCAAUGGAAAAUUGGACGCUGGCUCUCCCAACAAGAGCUGUUACUCCUUAUGGAAUUGCCACAGGCAGGGUCAGUGCCUCCAAUCGGCGCUUUGUUGAAGAAAUGCCCAGGAUUGAACCAGGUCAGAAUUCAAGACCGUUUCUGGCUUGGGAUAUGCAUGGGGGCCGCAUUUGUCACCUUAAAUACAACAGGAGAAUGGUGGGGCGCCGUCCGAAGCAAACAAUUACUGGCCUAAGAAGCUUCUUUCAACAGCAUGGUUUGCAACCAGGGGAUCAAAUUACUUUGUACAAGGAGGAGGGCAUUGAGGCGAUCUUGAUGGGAGUACUCAUCUCUCCACUCUAUGUGAUCCACUUUGAGAGGGUUAACGAAGUUGCAGCCGGUGAAGAUCCCGCUCCGUUGCAGGCUGGUGAUGAUCAUGCUCCCUGAGGAUUAACGAAGGUGUUUUCUGGUAGAUGCUUUUUUUUUUCUUUUUCUUUUUUGGUUUUUUUCACGUCUUUCUGUUGUGGUUUUUCAAUAAAUGUAAUUCUCUGGCCUAAGACGCUUCUUUCAAGAGCAUGGUUUGCAAUCUGCGGAUCUAAUAACUUUGUACAAGGAGGAGGGCAAUGAGGUUAUCUUGAUGGGAAAACUCGUCUCUCCACUCUAUGUGAUCCACUUUGAGAGGGUUAACGAGGUUGCGGGCCGCUGAGGAUCAUACUCUUCGAGAAAGCUAAAUCAGCCUGUUAAAAGAUCAAGGCCUUUUCUGUUAGUUUUUUUUCUUUUUUUUUUUGGGUCUUUUCCACGUCUUGCAAUAGUGGCUUGUUUGGGGUUUGUUUGUAGUGGUUUUCCAAUAAAUGUAAUGCUCUGGU